UUUAGUCAUAAUGUGAGGCAUAGGAUUUUCACAGGUGAGGACCAACAAAAAGAAAAUGUGUGAAUGACUGAUAUUGCCAUAGUCAUGGAGCUCUUUUCUGAGAAUUGGUUGACAUUCAGACAAAUGGUAAUUAGACUGAGAGAUGGGAAUGGUUGAAGAAGCAUUAGCCUACAUAAUGACACAGUAGAAUUAAGUAAUUGAAACUGGAAACUCAAUGAUUCUAUGAAAAGAAGAGCAAACAUUGAGUUUCCCUAGAAUUAUUUUCCCUCAACACCAUUUUUUUUCAUCAAUCACCCACUUUCAUAUCUCCCAGAAAUUAAUUUGACUAAUACAUUUUAGUUUCAUGUGUUACAUAUAUGAUUAGCACACAGUUUUGUUUUGCAAGGGUUGUUUCAUGUCAAAGAAAUGAUACAACUUUCCCCUCUCCCUUUAAAGUAGGAAACAUACUUUGCCAAUAAGAAAUUCAAAUCAAAUCCCUCAAAGGUUUGUGUUUGGUUCAAAACUUAAAAUAGUUGAGGUUUCAGGGUGCUGUUGUAAUCUUGGCAAAGCACAUUUUCCCAUCCCUGGCAUGAAAGCUCCUUAACUAUGCUUACUUUCUGGUUCAAUUAGAAGGUCUCACCUUGCCUAUUUAAUCCUGAAGUCAAAUAUGAUUACAAACAUUUUCUUCUUCGGCGUCUAAACUGUAAUAAUAAUCACUAUAAUUUCAGUUAAAUACAACAUCUCUCAGCUGCCUUCUUUAUUCUCAGGCUUAUUAUAUUUCGUCUGCAUAAAGAUUGUCUUCAACAUUAAGAUUUGUUAAGGAUCAUUUGUUUUUAUAAUGGAAAAGAAAACAAAGGUGAAGAUUUCAGAUCUUAAAGUCUGUAUUACACGGAAUACUAGGUCAUGUUUGGUUUUCAGAGAAUAAGCAUGGUGGGGGGGGGCAUAAAGGAGAAGGCUAAAAGAAAUAGUAGGCUUUAAAGGUAAAUGGAAAUGUUUAAUAAUAAAUUAUCAACCAAUUUAUCAGAUAAUUACAAAGGAAAACUGAAUCAUGGAAAAGAAAAUCUUGUGGGGAAGUACAAACCAAAGAUUAUAUCAAAAUAAAUCUGAUGUUAAAUUCAAAAAGAGCUAACAAAUUUGCAACCCAAUAGCAAAAUGGGCAUAAAAAUUAGAGGGGGAAUUUUAGCACUUCAAGUGUAUGACUGAUCACAUUAAGCUUAUUUGAGCAAUAUUCUCUGAUUGUUCUACACAACAGAUAAUUCUAGAUAAAGUUGGCUGUAGAUAAAGUUGGAGGGGGGUCUUUGACAAUGAAUUUUUAAAUUUUAUUUAAAGCAUACAUCCUACAAGGCUUGAGUCUUUAACUUUUAUUUUUGUGGCAUGAAGAGCAGUUCAGAUAAUUGUUCUAUGUGGUAUGACCUAGUCCAUCACAGCUCAAGAGGACUACUUCUUCUUGAAAGGAUCCAACCAAUAUUACCAAUUGCCUGGAGAAAAUAGUAAAACCAGGCAACCAACAUGGAGAUCUCUUUUAUAUUUUUAACCCCAGAUGCAGUACUAGUACAUGAAAUUUAAAUCCUUUUGCUCCCAUCUGAAGAAUAAGAAAACCUUAUACUGACAAAACCAGGCAAAGGGAAAACUAUGCUGGCAAAUGACAAUUCACACCUGUUCACUACUGUAAAUAAGCUUGUACACCAUACCAGGGGACCAAUUAAAUGAACUAGCCAUGUCAUUUGCCCAUUGUUUUAGAGUCAAUGAGAAGCAGUACAACUCUGCUUCUUGGCAAUAAUCCCAAUUAAAUGGGUGUACUUUUAUCAGGAGGCCAAUUAAGGAAAUUGUACUGAAUGAUCAUAUUGUCUAAUAUGAAGCAUAUAGUGCAUUAGAACUGAUGUACUUCUUUUAUAUGUGUCUUUCAGUGAACUAGAUCCUUUCUCAUAGCCACAUGGAAAAAUUAAGACAAUUAUUUGCAUUACUAAAUGAAUAUUUAAAAUUUUGUAUUAGCUGAAAGGAUACAAUACAUAAUAUUCUUUCUUCAGUAGAGGAAACUAGCCCAUAUGGUAAGGUAUUUAAUAUAAUCCUCACUAAUACAAAAAAGGGCAGAAAAUAAUUGCUUACAUAACUAAAUAAACUACCUUAUCUCAUAGGACACAGCUUCAACUGUAUCGUUACUGACACAUUUUUUCCCUGCUAUAUUAAGACCAACAAAAUAAAAUUAAAUAAUAACAUUACAGCUAACAUCUACCUUAGAAAGUAUAUUAAAAGAGCUCUGGAUUUUUAAAAAAUGCUAAAUAUGUCAGAAAUGGCCAAACAGUGGAUUAACAAUGGCAAAAAGCAUUUCAUUGCAAUCACAUUCGGUUAAGUAAAGAUUCAACUUUGCAUUUGGGUAUUAAUAUUUCUGAUAGCAGGUGGUCAUUUUGCUUUCUAGACAUUUCUAUUUUUCUUUGGCACCAUUUUGGAACUGCAAAAAACUACAGAAAAGGAGAAUUGAAUUAAAGUUUUAUCUCUCAACAGCAAACACGGUGUGCCUUCCUCAACCUACUGAUUUAAGUUGAAAUUGAACAAAGCUCCAAAUGGUCUCUCUUUGAUGAGGUACUUCAUCUAUCCAAUAGGAGCCGAGACCUUUUGGAAUGAAAUUUAAAGAAAAAAAAAGUUCCAGCUCAGCCUUGGUGACACGAAUGCAAAAAUUUCAGUGCUCUUGUUUGGAAUAGAAAAAAGCAGAUUUUGCAUCCUGCAACUAAAUUUCAUGGAUUCCAAAUCCAAAACCGUGGUUGUGACUGGUUUUGGGCCAUUUGGACGCCACCCUGUUAAUUCUAGCUGGGAAGCAGUGAAGGAACUCUUCAAUUUGGGUUUGGGCAAAGAUGUAGCAAUUCGGAUUCUGCAAUUGCCUGUGAUUUACAAGAAAACAAAGGAGCAAGUGUCGAAAAUUUGGGAAACCCUUCAACCUCAAUUCAUUGUCCAUGUUGGAGUUGCUUCAUCUUCCAAAGUAAUCAUCCUAGAACAGUGUGGAAGAAACCGAGGUUAUAGAGAUGCAGAUAUUUGUGGUUUUUUACCAGAAGGUGGUGUCUGCCUGUCAGAUGGCCCAGACAUGAUUGAAUCUACUAUCAAUAUGAAAACAGUUUGCAAAAACAUCUCUGUCAAUGAAAUCCAGGUUCUCGUUUCCAGAGAUGCGGGAAGAUAUGUCUGCGAUUAUACCUACUAUUUGUCUCUGCAUUAUGGAAAUGGCUGUGCUGCUUUCAUUCAUGUCCCUCCAUUAUCCAAUUUGCUAACAGCCGACCUUCUAGGAAGAGCAUUGCAAAUCAUUAUCCAAGAGAUGUUAAAGCAGUUUGGAAAGGCCAGAAAAUAAAGCAUGACUUGCAGGAAAUUUAGAUAAUCACCGUGUUAUAUGCCAAGAGAACCAAAGACGAAAGAAGUUUUCAAGAAAAAAAAAAAUUGAAUGCUGAAAUCCUGCUAAGAGUUUGACUGCCCUUUUGAGAAUUUUUUUAAAAUUCCUUGUAAAAUGGUGUUUACAGAGAAAAAUAAAUUAUAAAUUAACCCAAUAAAAAUACAAGGGGUUAUAUUCCCGUAAGAAAAGGAUGAAUACAGCAGAAGACAGAAUUUUUACAAGGGAUUAACAAGCUCCAAGUGCAAUUUCUCUUCUUAUAAUAAAAUAAGAUCCAAUUAAUUUCUUUUCUGAGAGUUUACAGAGUAUGCAAAACUGACCACAGAUGACUCCAAUGCAGUCUGCCUUUAUGAGAGCAAAGCCAAGCAGUGGUUAAAGAAUGAAUGUGCUCUUGAUUUGCCUCUGAGCUAACACCCAUUGUGAUGCAUUGAUGAAGGUAGCUGCAUUUGUCAUUAAGAAAAGGCACAAUUGUAAUUUCUAUUUUCUUCUGGCUUGUUGCAUUAUUUCUGGAUCAUUAGGAAUUUCUUGAAAAGAAUACAGGAUUAGGUCCCCUACUCACAGGAUCUAGGAUCUUGUCUCAAUUUUGCUGUUACUUAGCUAUAUUUUGAGCAUAUCACUUUGGAGGAAGGGUCAGUUUUUUCUUUUAUCUUUACUUAAGUGGUCUUUACAAUUUCUUCCAUCCUUCAACUGGAAGGAAGAAAAGGCAGGAACCAUGCAUUUAUUAAGCACUUAUGUUCUAGACACUUUACCAGGCAUUUUACUAAUAUCUCAUUUGACCCUCAAAACAAUCUGGGAGGUAAGUCUACCAUUAUUCCCAUUUUACAUUUGAGAGGACCAGCAUAUUGAAAUUAAGUGACCAGCCCAGGCUCAUAUAACCAGUGUCUAAAAGGGAUUUGAAUUCAGGUUUUCCUUACCCUAGGUUCAGCACUCUAUCCACUGCACCACAUAACCUCGACAAUAACUCUCUUAUAAAGAAACAUAAAAAUAAAAUGGGGCAGGUAGGUGACCCACACAAUGACAAUAAAGCUGAAGUAAGACAAGGUGUCUGAUUUCAAAGAGCUCAAGGUCCAGUGUGUCUGUUUGUGUGGAGAGAGAUGAGGGGGGUCCCUAUGGGAGUAUGAUGGAUAUUUGAAUAUAUAAUAUAUAAUACUAAAUGACUCAACAAAGAUACAACUACAGCAGAAUAGAAUAUAAUGAGUGCAAAAGAGAAAGGAAAGUUUUCUGACAGAGUAUCAGUGAAGGCUACUGAACUAGAACUUGGAAGAUGGAAGGAGUGUGGGCAAAGGUAUGUAAAAGAGAUGGAAGCCACCAGCUAGAGAGCAAGAGAUAUUAAGCAAUCCAACAUAGAAGGAGAGGAGGAGUGAGGGACAAGGAUGGGAAGGCAAGGAGCCUACAGACUGAUUGAUUAGACAUCCGAUGGAACCAUAACUAGGUAUUCUGGGCCUAGCAUCACAAAGCCCUGUGAUAAGGGAUACCUUAGGGAGGAUGGUUCAAAAACUCAUCCAAUGCCCAGUGCCAAUGAGGCUGUUGUUAACAGGAGAACCCAAGAUGGGGCCAGGCUAGUAAGAACUCAACUGGGCAAGAGAGCCAUCUUGCUCUUCCUCUUGUUAGCCUCCCAUUGACACAUUAAGUUCUCCUGGAAACAAAUUACCCAACUCAGGGGUUUGGGCCUUGCUGGGUAGCUGUCAACACUCACUAAGGGACAAAACCUGGCCCUCCUUAAGGCUAAGAUCUCGACUGAUAAACCAGGAAGUGUGCAUUGUAUUCGGCCUGCAAUAAGAAAUAGUUCAAGGGUUUUGAGUAGGGAAAUAGCACAACCAGUUCCAUGCUUCAGGACAUUGGCAACAGCCUGUAUGAGGAAAAGAUAUUAGUUGGAACCAAGGUAGCAAGUUAAUGUAGCAAUUCAGGUUAGUGAACUAGGGUGGUGGGAGUGAAAAUAAAAAGAAAACAAUGGAUUAGAGCAAUAUUUCUGCUCUAGAGUUGAAAGAGUUUGGAAACCAAUUGGAAUGUGGUUGGUGACAGGAUGGAAGAGCCAAAUAUAAAAAUGAGGUUUUGAACAGAAGACUUAAAUGAUGUUAUUGGCAGAUAUGGGGAAAUCCAAUUUUUUUCAUGAUAAGUAUGUUUUAAGACAUGUUGAUUGUAAAGUACUCCCAGGACAUGAGAUAGAUAUGUCCAGUAGCCAGGCUGGAAACAGAAUUUCUUUGUUCUCCUUCACCACUAAGUUUCUAGAAAGAAUAGCCAGCACCUUCUCACCACUACUUGCUUGUCAAUCUUUGACAACUCUAUUGAAACCUUUUAAAAAUUAGCAAUGACUUUUCAGUUGCUAAAUUCAAAGGUCUAUUCUCAAUCCUCAUCUUUGUCCUUUCCAAGACUGGGCACAAAUAUGACUCAGUUAUUCCUCUACUCAAAAACCUUCAGUGGUUCUCUAUUGUUCACAUAAUAAAAUAUAGAGUAUUGCAAAUUCUCAACUUCCCUACUUUCUAGGAUCAAAAUCUCAGUCAUCUUUGACUCUUUCCCAUAUCCUAUACCCACAGUUCAAAUACAGAAUGUUAGAGCUAGAAGGCUUCUUCUAUAGCAUCUGAGCCAACUCUCAUAUUUUCCAGGUGAGGAAAUGAAAACCUAAUCUGAUGCUGGGUUCUAUUGAUUUGACAUUUAUAAUGUCGCCCACCUUUUCUUUCCUCAUUCUACCACCAAUUUAUUGUAAUGGCUUCCAAAACCAAUCUCCUUCCUCUCAUUUCUCUCACUGACAAUCUAUUCCUUACAUAACUGCCAGACAUUCUCUGAUGCACAAAUAUAACACAGUUAUUCUCUAUUCAAAAGCCUUCAGUAAU